UCGGUGGUGAGGAGGCGUUCGAAGAAUUGGCAGAGGCGGCCGAGGCUGACGAGGCGAAGGCCGACGAUGAAGUGGCAGGAGCUGGGGAGGCGGGAGAGGAAGAUGCAUACGCGGAACAUGAUGGCGAAGAGCGGGUAGAGGAAGAUGGUGCGGACGAGGAUGCCGAGGAGGAGGAGGAGGAGGAAGAAGAGGAGGAGGAGGAAGAGGGGGAUGGGGAGGAGGAGGAGGAAAGGGAGGAAGAGGAGGAAGAUGAGGAAGAGGAGGAGGAGGAGGAGGAGGAGGAGGAGGAGGAGGAAGAAGAGGAGGAGGAGGAGGGGGAUGAGGCGGAAGAAGAGGAGGGAGGGGAGGAGGCAGUCGGGGUGGAGGGCAUGCAGGCCAACGACGGCAAGCUCGGCACCGACCAGAGCCAGAACCGCAAGAAGUACGAGGCGACCUGCGCCAGGGUGCGGCGCUGGGUGGAGCACUCAGUGAACAACCUGGGGGUGCGCUACGACCCCACCACCAACGCCUACCAGUUCGGCUCCGGGGUGCUGAUUGACGCUUCCGACUACCCCAGGCUCCCCAGGACUCAAGCCGGUGGAGACAAAUUUGAGGCAGCAGCCAAGGAGCUUCAGCAGCGAGAGUGCAGCAUCAGGGGGAGUACCAACAGCAGAGGUAGAGCAGAAGCAGAGGGAGUACCAGCAGCAGAGGUAGAGCAGCAGCAGAGGGAGUACCAGCAGCAGAGGUAGAGCAGCAGUAGAGAGAGUACCAGCAGCAGAGGGAGUACCAGCAGCAGAGGUAGAGCAGCAGCAGAGG